UCAAUCAAACCAAAAUUGCAUUUUUGUUUUUUGUCAAAUGUCAAUAUAAUAUAGCAAUAGCAGUGCUUUUCUAUUUGAAAUUGUAAUUAUUUUUAGUAUCUUGGUGUGUAAUUUUAAUAUAUAUAAUUAAAUCUGUUUUAAUAAUGACUAACGAAACGCCCGAGGUGGUUAAAAUUAACAAAUGGGAUGGUGCUGCUGCCAAGAACGCUAUUGAUGAUGCUAUCAGAGAGGUUUUCACUGGGGAACUGAAGUGUAAGGAGAGUUUUGCACUCAUAGACGGAAGGCUGUUCCUCUGUGCUCUGGCAGUAGGCGUUGCUCUCUAUGCUUUACUGUGGGACUAUCUCUACCCAUUCCCACAGUCAAGAUUGGUACUUAUAAUCUGUGUCUCGUCAUAUUUCAUUCUCAUGAGUAUUUUGACUCUGUACACUACCUUCAAGGAGAAGGGCAUCUUUGUGGUGGCGCGAGAAAAAGUCUCCAACAACACCAGGACUUGGGAAGCCAGUUCUUAUGUUAAAAAACACGAUGACAAAUACAACCUCGUGCUGGUGAUGAGGGACUCCAGUGGCAGGACUCGUGAGGCCUCCGUCAACAAAUCCUUCGCCAACUUCAUCGACACCAACGGCACUGUCGUCCAAACACUCAUUGUGAACGAGAUCACCAAAUUGUACAACUCACUGUCGUCCGAGAAGAAAGAGAAGUGAGUGUGAAGUGAUGGGGAGUGUUGUAUUUUUUGUGCACAAUUCACUUACAGUUAAUUAAUCUCAAUAAAUUUUAUGACAUAAAAA